AUGCCGUCGUUGGCAGGCAAAGUUAUUCUCGUCACUGGUGGGGCAAACGGGCUGGGCCGCGAAGCCGUGCUCGAGUUCGCACGGCACGACGCAGAGAAGGUCUAUAUUCUGGACUUACCCAGGCCAGAUCACGGUCAAGGCUUGAUUGAAGAGCUGUACGAGUUGGUGCCGAAUGCGAUUGGAAAGCUGCGGUUUGUUGGCGUCGAUCUGGGCUCAUUUGACUCGGUGAGGAGGGCUGUGGCGCGCUUCAGCGACAUGGAGGAGCGGCUGGACGUUUGCCUGCUGAAUGCGGGGGUUAUGCCUGUCAAGCCAGGAACGACGAAUGAAGGGCUUGAGUUGGCAUUCGGAAUCAACUAUGUUGGCCAUUGUUUGCUCUCAAAGUUGCUCAUGCCGCUUCUCACAAGGACAGCGGAGCUGCCUGCGACAGAUGUGAGGCUGGUGUUCGUUUCGAGCGAGGGCCACAAGAUGAAUCCGAAGGGAGGGAUUGCCUUUGACAAGCUGAAGACCAAUGGUCAAGACAUGAAAUAUUAUCACCGCUACGGACAGAGCAAACUGGCAAUCAACCUUUACAUGCGUGAACUUGCUGCUCAACACCCGCAAAUCAAGAUCGUCGCAGUGCACCCGGGGCGGCUUAAUCAGACAAGACUGACGGACCAGUUGGCGAAGGACACGUUGCUUGUGUGGAUAUCGCAGCCGCUCAGUCCAUUGGUGACGGUGUCGCCGAUAGUGGGUGUGAAGAACUGUCUUUGGGCGACGACUGCUGAGGGAGUGGUCACUGGGAAGUAUUAUGAGCCUGUUGGGGUGCCAGAUCGAGAGUCGGCGCUAUGCAGGGACGAUGGAUUGGCCAGAAGAUUGAGAGAGUGGACCAAAGAGGUGUUAGGUAAUGAUAUUUCCGGCAUUGAGCACGGAUCAGAAAUAUUAAAGCGCCGCUCGAAGUGGCAACUCGGACGAAGACUUUGUUUUUCUAUAAAUCUAUCUCCCAAAAUGUCUGACGCUGGAGAUGAUAUCGUUGUCGACGCCCCGGUUGAGGAGGUCGAAGUUGCCCAGGAAGCUCCCAAGGGCAAGCUCUCAGUAGAGGAGGCUCUUCAACAAGUUCUGAAGAACGCGCUUGUCCACGACGGUCUUGCUCGUGGACUCCGUGAAUGUGCCAAAGCACUCGACAAGCGACAGGCGCAUCUGUGUGUUCUUGUUGAGACCAACACCGAGGCUGCCUACAUCAAGCUUAUCGAAGCUCUUUGCGCUGAGCACAAAAUCAACCUCAUCAAGGUUGGCGACGCGAAGGUGCUCGGAACCUGGGCUGGUCUCUGCAAAAUCGAUCGCGAGGGUGUCGCACGCAAGAUCGUUGGCUGCAGCUGUGUCGUCGUAAAGGAAUACGGUGUUGAAAGCGAGGGCCUACAUGUCCUCCUCGACUACUUCAAGAACCGAUAA